AUGAAAAUUGCAACAUUUGAAAGAUCUAUCAUCAAAGUGAUAGGAUCUCUUGUUACUUAUACAAGUAUAUUAAAAGAAAAAACUGCAGACCUAGAUCAUAUCGUUGGACGUUUGUCGGAGGCAGGGGAAGGCACUGUGCAAGAAAUGGAAAAUGGUUCCACAAAUGUAGUUGACAAUGUUACGGACAUUUCAGAUGCAUUUGAUGGGCUCAGUCAGACGGUGGAUAGUGGUGGCUAUUCAGAUGUGCAUGACGUGACAUUAGACAUGGGAAUGGAAGAUGUUGAGACAACUGGUGUAGCAUUGAAGCAGACGCAGGAAAAUGGCAGCAUGUCUGUUGAAGAAAUUUCUUUAACUACCGAUGAUAUUCUACAGAUGGAGUUUAGCGAUCCUAAGCAAGCAGUUUGCUUUAGAGAUAAGAAAUGGCUUCAGAUGCAUUAUUGUAAAAGGGAGCCUAAGAUUGUUACUAGGUGUAGGUGUCUAGCUGAGAUGCUGAUAAAACCAAGAGAUAGUAUUGGAAAAUGGUAUGUGUCAUGUUUUGUGGACAAUCACAAUCAUGAUCUUCUACCUGCCAAGUUUGUUGAGUACUUGCCUUCACACCGUAAAAUUUCAGAUAUUGACAUAGCCCAUAUGGAUAGCAUGAGACAAGUUGGGAUAUCAAUUCCAAAAAUAUAUGAGUCGAUAGUUGCACAGGUUGGUGGUUUUAAUCGAGUUUCAUUUACUAAGCAAGACAUGUACAACAAAGUAAGGUGGCAUCGAGCCCUUCAACAUGGCGAUGUGAAUGUUGUCUUGAGUGCAUUAGCCAAUGCAGCAAGGGUUAAUGACAGAAUGUUUUGGCAGUAUGAGGUUGGGGUUGGGAAUCACAUGUGUGAUUUGUUUUGGAACGAUGAACGUAGUCAAGAAGACUACAAAUUAUUCAGAGAUGUUCUUGCUUUUGAUGCAACAUACGGACAGAACAAAUACAAUCUUCCUGUGUGGGUUUUGACGAAGUUCCUAGAGUGCAUGGGUGGGAAAUCACCUACGGAAGUCAUCACUGACGGGGAUAGAUCUAUGCGCUUAUCAAUCCAGCAAGUGUUUCCCGAAGCUUACCACUGGCUCUGUGCAUGGCAUUUGAUAAGGAACGCGACAGCCAAUGUGUGUAAUCCAAGAUUCACAUAUUUAUUCAGACAUUGCAUGCUUGCAAACUUUGAGGUUGAAGAGUUUGAAAUGCAUUGGCAAGCAAUGGUCGAAGAUUAUGGGACAAGUGACCAUGAGUGGGUUAAGGAUUUAUACACGAAGAAGUCUAGCUGGGCAACGGCUUACAUUCGUGGUUCUUUCUUUGCGGGGAUAAGGACAACCUCUCGGUGUGAGUCAUUGCAUGCAAAGCUUGGUCGCUUUGUUGAGAAGAGAUACAGAGUCCUAGAGUUUGUAACAAACUUCCAACGAUGUGUUGAUUUUCUCCGAGACAAUGAGGACAAGCUUGAGUUUCGUUCAUCGUAUGGCACCCCAGUCAUUUAG